AUGUCACGUUCGACAAGCGAUUUAGCGCUCGAUUUAUCUUCUACAACUUUAACAGAAACAUGCACCUCCGAACAAAUCAAUUCGGCACCUGUACAUGACACAAAAUAUAGUAAAAAUGACGAUGAAUCGACAACACCAUUGCUAUCUACUCCAAACACAAAUGAACCAAAAACCACUAAUUCAGAAACCUUGAUGCAUAUCAUCAAUUGUAGCUUUGGUGUUGGUAUUCUAGCACUUCCAUAUGCAUUAUCAAAAGCUGGAUUAUUAUUCGGUUCCAUUGCAUUUUGGAUCGUUAGCAUCCUAUUACUUUAUUGUAUGCAUCAACUCCUUCGAUGUUGUCGUUAUUAUCGACAAUAUUCAACGCACGGUGAAUGUGACUAUGGUGACAUAAUGCAAUAUACAUUAGAAAAAUGUCAGUGGUCAUUUAUGAAUCGUAAUGCUAUGAUAGGAAGAUCAAUCAUUGACAUUUGUAUUAUUGUAAUGAAAUUUGGAAGUUGUUCAAUUUAUUUCGUACUGAUUUCUGCCAAUAUUAAACAAGUCAUGGAUUAUUAUCUCUGGUUUCAUCCAUCUAUUCAAUUAUAUGAAGUUUUCGUACUUCUGAUUGUUGUCUCGUUUUCGUUUCUUCGAAAUCUUAAACUUCUUGCACCUCUUUCAUACAUCGGAAAUCUGGUGACAAUGGCAGAGCCAUAUGCAUUCGAUGGUUGGUUUGGAAUAUUGAAUAUUGGCAUAGUUAUCGUCACGGCUCUACAUUUUCUCAUUGGAUUCUUUGGUUAUAUUCGGUAUGGAUCUGAAAUUCGUGGUUCAAUCACGUUAAAUCUACCUCAAGAUAACAAACUAUAUCAGUUUGUUAAUGUUCUUUAUGCAUUAUCAAUACUUUUAACAUACAAUUUACAAAUGCAUAUUCCAUUUACACUUCUUUGGCAGCAAAGACUUUUUCGAAUCUUAACGAUUUUUAUUACAUUUUUUGUUGCUAUGUUAGUUCCUCAUAUUGGUCAUGUUGUUGCAUUUGUCGGUGCGGUAUCAUCUUCGUUAUUGACGGUUCUUUUUCCUCCAAUAUGUGAGACACUAACAUUUUGGCCAAACGAUCUCGGUCGAUUCAAGUGGCAAUUUAUUCUGAAUAUCUUCAUCAUUAGUUUUGGUCUCUAUGUUUUUCUAUUCGGAACAGCUCUUAGCUUGUCUGGUAUAUUUAUAUGUAUUCGUCAUAGCAACAAAUGUGAUGAUUAA